AAUGUGUAUGUUAUAGUAUGUACAAGUAAUAAACACCACAAGAAGGAGAAGAAAAGAGAAGAGAUCUGUGGUGAACUUUGUACAUUAUAUCCCAAGAGAUGAACGUAGAGGAAGAGAUUGAUCGACUCAGAGAAGAAAUUCAGCGUCUGGGCAAAAUCCAAGCUGAUGGUUCUUACAAGGUUACGUUUGGUGUACUAUUCAAUGAUGAUAGGUGCGCAAAUAUUUUUGAAGCACUAGUCGGGACCCUACGGGCUGCCAAAAGACGCAAAGUUUUGACAUAUGAUGGUGAAUUACUAUUGCAAGGUGUUCAUGAUAAUGUUGAAAUUAUUCUUAAACCCACUACAACAGUUGCAGCAGCUUAAGGUCGCAAAAUGAUGGAAGUGUUAUAAACUGUAAUUCUUGUUUCAAGCCUUGUCAGGAAUUCAAUAUAUUACAUUUAUGUUAUGUAUAAGUUGUGCUGAACCUUCGUCUAAACACAACAUUGUGUAGUGUGCAAUUAUAUAUAGACUCUUCUGAGCAAA